AUGGAUCAACUUCCUCGAGAUGUCCUCACCCGAAUAUUCUCCAAUUUCACUUACGCCGAUCAAACGGCCACUCUAUCAUUAGUGUGCAAAGUGUUCAGUGAAGUGAUCCGUGCCAUGAAGCCGCAUUUCUUUGAUUCUAUCCCAAGUGAAGUGUUGUUGCGUGUCUUUGACAAUUUUGACCUUCGCGAGAGGGCGUCGCUUGCUAGGGUUGACCGUCGUUUCCGUGAUCUAAUCGUCGAGAAGAGCAGCGGAGUGGCCGAGGUGAACGUGCUCAACAUAUUCGAGGAGCACAUCUGGCUCAACUCGGUGCGCCGCAACUCUUCCCGUCAAAAGGUGAUUACCGUCGAGAAUCCCGAUGAGCUGAUCAAUAUCCUGCGAUACAUCAAGAACGUCAGUGCCGCCAAAGUGUGGUAUGAAUCGUCAGAAUUCGGGCAGCGCGCGAUUGAUCAGCUAGCCGAUUCGAAGAUGAAGAUGAGCUGUGUUGAUGUCUAUCCAUAUGCACCGGAGCAAAUCCUGGAUUAUCUGGACCGGAAAUUGCCAGAAUUGGGCGCGUUGACGAUGAGGCCGCAUGGGCAAAAUGUGUGGAAUGGAGUGCGGAUGACACAGAUGCCGGCUUUCAACGGAUUACGCACGCUUAUUAUGGACAAUUUUGAUAUUGGUGGAGAAACCCAAAUCGAAUUCCCACCGAACGUGACAACAUUCGAAUUCUCGAAUCGAGGCACCCAUCACGACCCUCCACAAUGGGUUACUGUAGCCGAGAAGCUGUAUCAGAUGCCCUUGAUCGAAUUCCUUGGCUUCUCCCAUGCUCGAUUCAACACCAUCGAUGACCUCGCUCGUUUCCUUCGUCUCAUUAGUCGAGAGAAACUUGAGCAUCUUCGAUUUUUGGCGUUGAAAUUCUGCAAAUUCCCGUCGCUUCGCCCGAUCGUUGAUGGGGGAGAGCCAGAGAGGAUGGGAUGGAGGCAGAGAAUGGAGGAGAGAGAACGAGAAAGGGAGAGGGCCGAGAGGGAGCAAGCUGAAGAGAUCGUAGCGGCCGUGUUGAAAGACCACGAAGGUAUCCGUCCCCUUGAAGAACUCGAGGGUAUCUCGCUAAGCCUGCAAUGGUUGAAACUCGAAUUAUGCGAUGGGCGGCUGUCGGAAGUGAUGCACGUCUUCACGAAUGUCUGCUGCACCCUCCAAAUGGCAUUGCUGUCGAUGAUCAACGACCUCGAGGCGUUGCGUGAUUUGAAUACGGUGGCCCCGCUGCUCGAACGGUUGAAUAUUUGGACGCAUCUAUCGUUUCUAACGAAAGCCCCUAUCAACUAUCCAAAGCCCACCUCGUUCUUCAAACGAAUUCUGCCCUCGCCGGCCCUGUUCAGCAUCGUCACAAAGAUUGAGGCCUCGUUCGCUGAUGACCCUGCAUUUUUUGACAACUAUUUGAUGGCAGGAACAUGGCCCCGCGUCCACGAGCUGAAAUUGAUCAACUGCGACGAGGCGAGCAACGAAUUUCUGAUGCAUAUGAACACGCACUCGCUUCUACUGCGCAAAAUGAUCCUGAUACGAUGCCGACGAAUCACCGAGCAGGCAAUGAUCCCUUUCGUUGAGCAACUGCAUUUGAAAAGCCGCGAUAUCAUGGUGACAUGGAAAGCCGACAAAUUGCAUCUACGCCCGACGAGCCUAUAUUUGGCGCUGUGCGCAACGCGUGCUGAAUUGAUGCGGACGAAACGGAUGCGGUUGCGGACAAAGAAAUUCUCGGAGAGUGACGGCAUCGAAGUGUGGAUCCAGGAUAAGGCGACUGGGAGGAAAGUGACCUUCCGGGAUUUUGAUGACAACGACUCGGGGCGAAUUGUGAGCAUCAACGUCCGGACGCCGUUUAGCAUCCGGCGAAUGGAGGAAGAAGCCCUUGAGAAGGAGAAAGAGCGCGAGGCCCGAAUCAAAGAGCUCGAGCGGGAGAUGCCCCCGCAAAAUCCGCCAGAUCCCGUCCCCACCACGUCUACUGUAGCUGAUCCUCCCCCAGCGGCUGAGGCUGAAGUGGACGAGCAACCGGAAGAGGAGGAGAAACGACCCGAGCAGGACAAUAUGGAAGCA